GGGAGAGAGAGAGAGAGAGAGAGAGAGAGAGAGAGAGUUAGUUAACAGAUGACCAAUGGAGCAUGUCACAGCACCAGUGUUUUCUAUGUCUUCUUGUCCACGAUGCACUUUAGGAUUUCAAUAAGAUGCGUGUGUGUUUCCAGAUAAUCACUUUCUUCCUCGCCGUAAACUUUCACUGCCAGCCGCUCCGAGCUCAGGAUCCCUCCUGCUGCCAACAUGCUGUCGAGUUGUCGCCUUGCAAAGAAGCUUGUGACCAGCUCGCCACGAUAAAGAGUGAGUCUCGUCUGAAGCAUCUCCUCCAGAGGUUACCCAGUUACUGUCCAGAGUUGAUGAAUGAACUUUGGAUGUGCAUCAACUCCACACUUCCAGGAGUAUCCAGGAAGUCCGAUGGCUGGGUGGGGCUGGGCUGCUGUGAGCUGGCUAUCUCAUCCGAGUGUCGCAGGGAAUGCAGACAGGCAUCAUCUAAGAAUGACAUAUCAAAAGUCUGCAAAAAAGUCACAGAGAACCCCCUCUACGGCUGCAUCACCAAAAAUGAAAUGGGCUCCUUAUGCUGCAGCUAUUCAGGGCGUCACACUACCUGCAGGGAGUACUGCCAGGCCAUCUUCAGGACCGACUCGACCCCCACCGUGUCCCAGAUCAACGCUGUCAAAGAGUACUGUCAGAGUCACAGCGCUCAGCUGCUCAGCUGCGUCGACAACUUCACCAAGUCCUACCCGAUACGCAGCCCCAUCGACAGUCUGUACUGCUGUGACCGGGCAGAGGCCACCCACUGCCAGGAGGCGUGCCGGCGAAUCCUUCGCACCAUGAGCACCGAACAUGAGAUCAUGGAGGGUUUGAUCGACGAGUGUGGCUCCCAGCCUCUCCCUCAGGAACCCAUGUGGCAGUGCUUCCUGGGCAGCGCCCACCCUCCCUCCCCACCUGAAGAGGAGACCCCCCACCCCGCCAAGAUGGACUGUGCCAAGCUGCACUGCUGCUCCAAAGCGAACACAUCACUCUGCAGGGACAUGUGUCAGGAGAUCAGCACUAACUGGGGCAGCCAGACGUGGCAGGACUUUGACCAGCUCUGUGAGUACAAUCCGGUGGAGACGGAGCUCAUCAACUGCCUGGCUGACGUCAGAGAGCCGUGCCAGCUGGGCUGCAAAGACCUGGCCUACUGCACCAACUUCAACAACAGGCCCACAGAGCUGUUCCGCAGCUGUAACGUCCAGUCAGACCAGGGCGCCAUGAACGACAUCAAGCUGUGGUCCAAUGGGACGAUCAAGAUGCCGUUCAUGAACAUCCCUGUGUUGGACAUCAGGAAGUGUCUGCCGGACAUGUGGAAGGCCGUGGCCUGCUCCCUGCAGAUCAAACCCUGCCACAGCAAGUCCAGAGGGAGCGUCAUAUGCAAGUCAGAUUGUGUGGACAUCCUGACCCAGUGUGGGGACAUGAAGCGUUUCCACGAAGGACAGACUCCAGAGAGGAUCUGUGAGCUGCUGUCGCCCAUUGACGACCCUGAACGCUGCAUCCCCCUCCACAGAUACCUCACCCCCAGUUCCCUAGGCGACAGCAUUGUGGAGGAGGUGCUCCAUCCAUGCAACCCCAACCCCUGCCCCAGCAACCACUUAUGCCAGGUGAACAGGAAGGGCUGCCUGGAUGAGCUCAGCUGUCAACCACACCUCUGUGUGCCAGGCUGCAAACUGGGCGAGGCCUCUGAGUUUCUGGUGCAGCAGGACGCUCGUAUCCAGGUGCCAACGCGCACCGGUCCUUCUGGGUGUCACGAGGUGUGCAGCUGUGGUCCCAGUGGGCGUCUGGAGAACUGUCUGGAGAUGCCCUGUGUGGACACCAACAAGCCUUGCAUCGUAGGAGGACAGAGGAAGAGCCACGGGACAUCUUUCAGGAUGGACUGCCACACCUGUUCCUGCUUUGCUGGGGACGCCAUCUGCUCCGCUAGAGAAUGCCUCAGCUACGACAGCUCUGACCAGGACCGCAGACACUUUACCGGCCUUCCCUGUGGGUGUCCAGACCGCUUCGUCCCAGUGUGUGCCUCUAACGGGCGGACCUAUCCCAGCGCCUGUGUGGCUCGCUGUAUGGGCUUCAAGGACCACCAGUUUGUGUUCGGCCUGUGCCGCCUCAGUAACCCCUGCGCUGGCAAACCCUGCCAGAGAAACCAGAGGUGCAUCCCAAAGUACCGUGUGUGUCUGAGCGACUGGUCCGACUGCCCGCAGCACGAGUGUGUCGGCCGGCCCGCAGCCUGUGAUAAGAACAGCGUGGAGCCGGCCUGUGACACUGACGGCCUGCUCCACGCUAGUCUGUGCCAGCUGCAGCAGGCCGGGAAGAACCUGGCCUACAUGGGCCACUGCCAGGAUGCCUGUCGGAAGCCUCGGCAGGUCUGUGGCCAUAACGGUGAAACCUACAACACGGUGUGUGAGGCCUUCUCUGACCGCGUGGCCGUGGACUACGAGGGCCCCUGCCACGCUGUGGGGGCCAUGUCUGACGUGGCUCCCGACUCUGCGUGCAGUGUGAUUCCCUGUCCAGCUCUGUCCAUCCCGGGCUGCCAGCCCGUCACCCCCCCUGGAGCCUGCUGUCCUAUCUGUGCCAGCAUGCUGCAGAUCCUCUGGAACAAAGAGCAGAUGAACACUUUCUCUAAGCUGAAUAAGAACCAGCCGGUGACGGUCCAUGACGUGCUGCAGGUCCUGCGGCUUCAUGUCUCCGUGCCACAGUGCGACGUCUUCGGCUACCUGAGCAUCGACCACCAGCUGGUGGUCCUCAUUGCUCCGGUGGAGCAGCAGCCAACACCACUGCAGAUCGAAGCCUGCAGUAAGGAGGCCGAGAAGAUCGAUUCCCUCAUCAACUAUGCCAGCCCCACGCUGGUCUCCCACGUCCCCCUCUCUGCCUUCCUCAAUUCUGAGAUCCAGACCUCCUCCAUCCACUCGUCCGGGGGCCCUGGGCCUUCCCCUCUGCCCCCAGGCCUGUGCUUCCUGCUGGGCCUCCUCAUGGCUGCAGCCUCUGUCCUCCAGCAGGUCUGAGUGCCUAUCAUCCCCUCCCAGCCUCUCCCUCACUAACUCUUGAGUCUUCCAAAGUACCCCCCCUCCCCCCUUCUUCCUGGGAUGGCAGUAUGUCCUGAGGUGAGUGUGCGCUCAUGGAGCAGGAAGAAGCAGCGGCGGUGCCUUUUUCGACAAUCAUUCCUAUUGGCUCACCUGCGUGUCAAACAAUCAAGGCGGUGGAAAAGCUAUUAUUCUGGAUUUUUUUUUGUAUGAACAGUAUUAUUCAACACACUGGUUCUCCCUCAGUGACGUGUGAUUAAGUGUUUGUGUGUGAGUGUGUGUGUGUGUGUGUGUGUGUGUGUGUGUGUGUGUGUGACUUCAUACCAGCAGUGUUUCUCCACUAGUCCCAGCAGCAGCUCUCUGAAAGCUGUUAGGUGGGAAUGUAAAUUUCAUGACUCACUCUGUCUCCUUCCGAGGCUUUGUGUGUGGGUUUACGUGUAUGCGUGUGGGGGUGGGUGGGGGGGAACAGCUGGGCUGUCUGGCAGCACAUCUGUCUGACAAAUUAGCCACAAUUCCCUCUGCCACACAUACACUUUUACACACACUCACGCACAAAGAUGGGUGUCACUCAGGCAGACUUCUCUGCUCAGCGUGACCCCCGUGUGUCAGAUGGAGUGUGUACAUGACGAGACUGCAAAGCGUGCACACAGUGUGCAUCACAGCGUGUAGUAGCACAGCGUGUAGUAGCACAGCGUGUAGUAGCACAGUGUGUGCACGGUGCAGCCCGGUGUGUAGUGUGUAGCACAGUGCAGGAUGUAUAUACAUGUGAGGUGUAUAUGGACCUAGUGUUGAACCUCUAACCUCAGCAGUGUUAGUGCCAUGCUCGUGGGCUGAGCCAGCUCAGAUGAAACAAAGGGUUUUAACUACUGACCAAAGCAAGAAGUUGAAAUAUGAAGGGAGCCCAGGCUGUGCUGUGUUUUACCCAGCAGCCAGUGAAGCAGCUCAGAAACCUGCUAACACUUAAUCUGAUGUGGUGUCAUCAAGUACCAUUCAGACUGCAUGGAAACUAUGACUAUCACAACACGAUGAAGCAUUCACAAUGUAGAUAAAGCGUUAAUGGGCCAACUGUAUAAUUCUAUGUAUGACAGAAGACCGUAGCAGUGUUAUUGUGCUCCGUAUAACUCAAGUCGGGGGCAUUUUCCAAGACAUGACUCGUAACUUCACAAAUGACAAUUACUUUCAUUUUCAAUUCGUCUGAUUAUUCAUUUUAAUGAAUCAACUCAUUCAGUGUAGUCUAUGAAAUGUUCAAAAAUCGAUGGUGUGAGACCAGUGGUUCCCAAAUCUACCAUCGUCAGCACACGGUACAUAUGAGAGCAGCCUGUGGUGCGUUCACUGAUGCUUCUGAAGUUGACGAGCUCCAGUAUGUUGUCAUUACUGACAUUAUGAAAGGUUGUUUAUGCUUAGUUUAUCGUUGAGCGUCCGUGACAUGCAACACAUGAUAACUUAACUUUAAGCAGCUUUAACAACACCCUGAGGAGCACUGCCACCAGUCGCUGUCGGCAGGAAACCAUCGCUUUGGAAGAUGC